AGAUUCGUAAAGGGGAAAAUUAAUAGCUUCUGAUCCCGGCAUACAGGAUAUAAAUCACUUUCGUAACAUCUUACCCUGCCUGCAGUGCGUGCCAAGAGCCCCAGAGUCCCAGCCAUUAGAUUGCGUGGAGUGUUCCCUGUGUCCGCCCACACGUAGCCCUGUACGCAGCCAACAUUCCGCGCGACACGACGGACACAUCCUCCAGCAUGGACCUGGAGAACCCCACUCUCCACGAUGAAGACUCCAAAGUUACCCUCACUAUCAGACUGAUUAUGCAGGGGAAGGAAGUUGGCAGCAUUAUUGGUAAAAAAGGAGAAAUUGUCAAGAGAUUUAGAGAAGAGUCUGGAGCAAAGAUUAAUAUAUCUGAUGGAUCAUGCCCCAGUCGCAUUGUCACUGUCACUGGCAACACAAGUGCAAUAUUCAAAGCUUUUACACUCAUUUGCAAGAAGUUUGAAGAGUGGUGCUCGCAGUUCAACGAGGGCGGCGGCGGCGGGUCGCGCGCGCCCAUCACGCUGCGGCUCAUCGUGCCCGCCUCGCAGUGCGGCUCGCUCAUCGGCAAGGGCGGCUCCAAGAUCAAGGAGAUCCGCGACGUCACCGGAGCCAAUAUACAGGUUGCAAGUGAAAUGCUUCCAAAUUCAACAGAACGAGCAGUGACAAUCAGUGGAACCUGUGAUGCGAUCACACAAUGCAUUUAUCACAUCUGCUGCGUCAUGUUAGAGAGCCCACCAAAAGGAGCAACAAUUCCAUACCGACCAAAGCCAAACGUUGCUGGCCCAGUAAUCCUUGCAGGAGGACAAGCUUACACUAUCCAGGGCAACUAUGCAGUGCCAGCGCAAGAUGCGGUGUGCGCGCCCGUGUUCCCGGUGGUGGAGGUGAAGCCGCCGCUCGGCGCAUGCCGCCGCUCGUGGGCGCUGCCGCCGCCGCUGCACGACCACCACCUC